AUGGCUGAGCGACACCUGUGCAGCUCAACGCUCUAUGCGGAGGACGUGCUUCGUGGUGGGCAUUCCACGGUGUGGGGCUCCUACUUCGAUGCAACAAGUCGCCGUUGGGGCUAUGCUUGCUGCCGCAGUCUGGACCGGAAUGAGGCGUGUCCUCAAAAUGAACCUCAGGCGGUGGACAAGGCGGAAAGCUCCGAGGAGGAGGAUGCUGCAGCACAGGCGCAGCUCAUUGCCUGGCAGGACGGACAGCUGCUGGAUGCGCGACACACGCCAGAGCAGCCGCCGGUGCUCGGGCGACAGACGCCAGAGGACUUCCUCGCUCACUUCGUGCUGUACUGGUUUCAUCAUUGGACCGAGCACGAGAACCCUCCCAAGGCGCAGCGGCAGACGACGCACGAGGCGCUGCUCCAGCUGAUGCAGCGCUUGAAACGGAAGGCUUUGGAUCGCAGCUUGCUCCAGCACCUGACGCAGUACGCCGACCUGGCGCAGCGCCGGGAAUACGCGCAGGCCGACGAUGUUUAUGUGGACAUCACCAUCGGCAAAGCGACUUGGCAUUCCCCCUUGGACUUGGGAGAACAACGAGCGCAUUGGGGACAAGGAUGUAGUCUCAGGACCAUGCAAAGACAGGUCGUGGAGAAGGACGUGAAGAACGCGAGCGCCUUCGACACGGACCCUCUGGUGCGGAGCUUCGUCCAUGCGCUCAAGAGGAUGGUGACCUACAUGCAGACCGUGCAACCAAGCGCGGACCCCUCGAAGCAGGGCCACGUGCCAGCGCCCAAAGCCAAAGCAGAUGAGGCCGCGCCAGCCUGGCGCGCCCCGUUGGUCGCAUCCGAACGCUCCCAGCGAACGAGUGAACGCCGCCCGUCGUUGUCAGUGAACACCGGUGGUUUCACCGGUGGCCGAGAUGCAGAGAUACAGCUGGGCAGAGCGGCGGAGAGGGUUUGGUUGAACGCUUUAGAUGCGGUGCGGGUGGGUGAUUGGAAUCGCCCAGCUCAGCAGAUCCUCGACGGACCAUGCGACAUCCGUCAUCAACCCAUGCCCAACAUCCGCGACUCCGAUGGCCGAGGGCAUUCGCCGGAGUUCGUCGACGUGAACGACACCAGUGCGCGGGACGCGCAACGGGGCAUUGCCUUCGGCAGCCGCGAAGAUGCGCGGAGUUUGCCCUUCGUGGGGAUUGGCUUUGCGUGCUGCUGCCGUCGCAGCGCGAAUCUGCUGCUGCGCAUCCCGCUGGGCGCUGGCCGACCAAAAAAGCGUCGGCGCGAGCAGCAGACCGGCGGGGAUCCACGUGGAAUGGGCACUGCUCGGGACCAAUCCUUCCGCGUGCGCAAGGCGGCGGCCGCCGGCUUCGCCGAGAUCGCGCGGAUGCUGAGCCUGAGCGACGUGCAGCGUCGCCUGGUGCCUGCGCUGGGGGCGGAGGCGGCCACUCGUGACGCCGCUCGAGCGGACGCAGUGGUCAAGCCCGGUGGCCUCGGCCGCCCUGGCGGCCAACUGACAACACCGCUCCUUGGCCACCAGAUAACCACCAACAAAGAGGCGGCAGAGGCCCUGGUGGAGGAAGCGUUCAAGGAGGGCAAAAUCUACGCGUGCACCGGUGGGCCGGGCAAGGGCAAGACCGCCGUGGCGCUGGCCUGUCUACAUCGGACCCUGGAACUUGAAGGUCGAGUGCUCUUUGCUUGUCCCACCAAUCGUCAAGCGAGCCGCAUGCGGGUGAAGCUGCCCCCAGAGGUCGCGGUUGACACCGAUCACGCGGCCUUCGGUCUGGACGAAGAGCCCGGCGCCGUGGCCAUCGCCAUCGCUCAGUUCGAUUUGACCCUCAUGGAUGAGAUUUCACACCUGCAGGGCCAGCACUUCGACCAGAUCUGCGAGCUUUAA